CAGGGCGUCCCAGGGUGCUUUGCGGCCGAGAAGCCCCUCGCCGGGGAAGGCGAUGUCGUCGGGCAUGGAGGCGAAGGGCAGCAGCGGGUCUCGCGCCCGCAGGAAGCUCCUCACAGCAGAAGAGGCCGAGUUGUUCGAGCUCGCGCAGGCGGCGGGGAGCGGGAUGGACCCGGAAGUCUUCAAGAUCCUGCUGGACCUGCUGCGCAUGAAUGUGGCCCCUGUGGCCAUCUACCAGGUGCUGCGUGCCAUGUGUGCCGCCGGGCAGAGAGGGAGCGGCCCCGAGGCCAAUGCCACCGAGCCCCCACGAGAGCCCCCAAUUGUCUCUGCCAAGACCAGUAAAAUCCCUGCACCACUCUCAUUUUCCUCUGUCCUUCGACCUCCACGAAUAGGAGUCACUAAGGCUGUGGUCUACAGUCCUGCUGCAGUUUGCUCGCCUCUCUCUCAAGGUCCCCCUGGCUCUUUCCAGUUUUCUUGCUGCCUGUUCUCUCCUUUUGCAGGUAGACCCAGAACUAUUUCUGCAACAACUGGAAACCAGACGCUGUCAGACCAUAGUAGCCGGGAAGGAUCUAGUCAACGAGUACCUCGGCAACCAAGUGCCAGCAGGUUACAGAAGGCUGGAUGCCCUGGGAAAAGUGCAUAGCUGGUUUUACCUACUGCAGUGAAAUGGCAAUGUAGCAAAUUCAAUGUUGUCAAGAGUUAAUCGUAAUUUUGCAAAAUGCCAACAGUAGCAUAUAUCGAGAAAAGAAGUACCUGGAAUGAGAUGGAGGUCUGUUGUUGUAUAGCACAUUGACUACUAAAAGUUCAAAUCAACCAAUCCUUUUAAUUUAAAAUGUCUGUCUAUAGUUCUUGGUGUAAUAAAACAUUUUUGGCUUCAA